AUGGCAACCCUCGAAAACCCAGCUGUUACGCGUUUCAGACAAUAUUUACGUAUCAAAACAGUCCAGCCGGACCCUGAUUAUGAGUCCUGCACGAAAUUCUUGUUGGAACAAGCUAAAGAAAUUGGCUUAAAGGCACAAACAUUUGAGUAUGUCAAAGGUAAGCCCAUAGUAUUGCUGACUUUAGAGGGUCGUGACCCAAGUUUACCCUCAAUACUCUUGAAUUCCCACACUGAU